AUGAAGGCAUCUAUGGUGAAGUACUCCAGCUUUAUUGGUCCUGGUUUAAUGGUCUCAGUUGCUUACAUGGAUCCUGGUAACUAUGCUACGGGAAUUACAGCAGGUGCAUCUAACAGAUAUUCACUACUAUUUAUUGUCUUUCUUUCAAACAUCAUUGCCAUUUUUUUACAAAGCUUGUGUGUUAAGUUGGGGUCUGUAACUGGUUAUGAUUUGGCUAGGUGCUGUCGUGAGUAUUUACCCCGUAAACUUAACAUCGUUCUAUGGAUUUUAGCUGAAUGUGCCAUUAUUGCAACCGAUGUAGCAGAGGUUAUCGGAUCUGCUAUUGCAUUGAAUAUACUUUUAAAGAUUCCAUUGCCAGCCGGUGUUGCAAUUACUAUAGUUGAUGUCUUAUUUGUGCUUAUGGCCUACAGAAAUGAUACCUCUUCAACUAAAUUCGUAAAAUUUUUUGAAUAUGCUGUGGCAUUAUUGGUGGUAGCAGUGGUAGUAUGUUUUGCAGUUGAGUUGUCUCAAAUACCUGGUGACAUAGAUACAGUCAGAGCUAUAUUUAGAGGAUACUUACCAUCGCUGGAAAUGUUUAGAGGUAGUGGGAUGACAAUAGCUACAUCAAUUAUUGGGUCUACCGUAAUGAUUCAUUCGUUAUUCUUAGGUUCUGGCAUUGUUCAGCCAAGAUUAAGGGAAUACGAUGUUCAAAAUGGGUAUGUUAUGUUAGAUGAAUUAAUUGAUGCCGAAGAUGAAGUCAUUUUAAACGAAAAAUCCGAAUCAAAACAGCGUCGCUUCAUAGAAGAUAAAGAGGCAGCGUACUUUUAUAACUCUUACAAACCAUCAUAUCAAGCCAUAGAAUAUUCUUUCAAAUACUCAAUCAUUGAAUUGGUAGUGACCCUCUUUACCUUUGCCUUAUUUGUAAAUCUGGCCAUCUUAAUCAUAGCUGGUUCUACUUUAUAUGAUACACCCGAAGCUAUGGAUGCUGAUUUAUAUGCUAUUCACAAUCUACUUUCGACAAAUUUGGCACCCGUUGUUGGAACUGUCUUUAUGUUAGCUUUGCUUUUCAGUGGACAGAGUGCUGGGAUCGUUUGCACAAUUGCAGGCCAAAUUGUUAGUGAGGGACAUAUAAAUUGGACUGUCAAACCUUGGUUAAGAAGAUUAAUCACCAGAGGAAUUGCAAUAGUUCCAUGUAUGAUCAUAUCUCUUUGCAUUGGUAAAAAUGGUCUUGACGAAGCUUUGAAUAUUUCUCAGGUGGUUAUUUCUAUUUUGCUUCCUCCGUUGACUGCUCCGUUGAUAUACUUUACCUGUAAGAAAUCAAUCAUGAAAAUAGAAAUACCUGCAGAUCUUCAACUGCAUGGAUCAUCUGAAGUCGAAGUCGAAGUACAAGAGACGCAGGAAACAAUUGAUACUACAGACAGUGAACAAGAUAUAAAAUAUAAAUAUAUGAAUAAUAAUUGGUUAACUACAAUAUUGGUAGUACUUAUAUGGUUGUUUGUUUCGGUUUUAAAUAUCUAUGCUAUCGUUGACAUGGCUAGAAACGGAGUUGCAGGUAGUUAA